CUGCCCCGUGCCCGGUGCCCGCCCGGGGGAAGCGGAAGGGUUCGGGUGCCGGGGCUGCCCCGUGCCCGGUGCCCGCCCCGGGGGAAGCGGAAGGGUUCGGGCGCCGGGGCGGUGCCGCUCCCGCGGCCAUGGCGCGCAGGGAGCGCGGCUGAGGGAGCCGCCAUGGCCGCCGCGCUGCGCGCCGCGCUCUGCAGCGGGCUGCUGCUCUGCGCUUCUGGGAUGAUCCCAAAGCCCCGAAACGUAAGAAUCACUUCAGUCAAUCUUAAAAGCAUCUUGCAGUGGGAUGCACCAAGGUUCCCCAAAGAGAACCUCACCUACACUGUCCAGUACAAGAGCUCCAGCCUCCGAGGGGACGCCCCGCGCACGCUGAGGACGGGGCUGCGGCAGCCGCGCUGCGACGUGUCCGCGCUGUCGCCGUACGUGCGCUACACCCUGCGGCUGUGCGCCCGCGCCGGCCCGCGCCGCUCCCGCUGGGCCACCCUCAGCUUCAGAGCCAUGGACGACACCACCAUCGGCCCCCCCGAGGUGAGGCUGAGGUCGGAGGCCGGGGCUCUGCACGUGGAUUUCUCGGGGCCCUUUGCGCAGCGCCAGCAGGAGGGGUGGCCCCUGCGGCAGUACUACGGCUCCUGGGCAUACAGGAUCCUCUACUGGAGAGACAGCACGGACACACAGCCAGGCUCUGCCCCACGGGUGUCCCAGGUGGACACCACCCACAACUCUGAGGUGCUGUCCCAGCUGGAGCCGUGGACACUUUACUGUGUGCGAGUGCAGGCCGUGGUUCCCGAGCUGAACAAGAGCGGGGAGCUGAGCACGGAGCUCUGUGAGCAGACAACACACAACGGUGUAACCCCUGUGUGGAUAACUGUGACUGUUCUGGUGGGAUCCAUGCUGGUCAUGGUCACAGCUGUCACCGCUGGUUUCUUCUGCAGUUUUUAUCUGUACAGACUCGCCAAACACAUUUUCUGCCCUUCCUACGUUUUCCCACAACACUUGAAAGAGUUUUUGAGCAAACCUGCCAGUGCCCCACAGCCCUUCCCUCCCGUUGCCCAAGAGGAGCUCCUGGUCUGUGACGAGCUGACUGUGCUGGCAGAGCCACCCCAAACCCCCAGUGAGGGCAGUGGGGCCAGCAGGACCCCAGAGCACCCCCAGGACUCUGCACAGGGAGACUCUGACUCGGGACUGGGAACAGCCUCAGGAGAAGCCUGAACGUCCUCCUCAUCCUUCUUGGAAAAGGAGAAGCAAAUGGACUUCUGGGUUUAUCUCAUUGCUGCAUUCUCCAGCAGGAAAAAUCCACAGACUUUUGACAGAAUCAUUUUAUUUUUUUAACUACAAGGAACUUGGCUCUAAAUGAGGAAUGAAAUGAUCCACAACUUCUGCCACUGUUGGUUGUGGCUCCCUCAGGAGUUGUAGUGAUUCUGGCUCUGAUUGUGACAUUAAAAAGCAAAGUCGUAUUUAUAUGUAACACUAAUUAAUUUUACUUUGAUGAACUAUUUAUUGCAAAACCCAAUCAAAAUGUUUAUAAAAGAAAAUAGUAUUUUGUAAGGAAA